AUGGCCACGGCAAGGGAAGCCCGCGCGGGCCGUCUCAACGAACGCCUUCGAGGCGCGCAACGUGCCAAUGUUGGAGACGACGAGACUUUCAACCUGGAUCUCGGCGCCAUGACCAUGCUCCAAGCGAGUGUCCAAAGCUCCAGCUCCCCAACAGCAACGUCAUCACGACGGCCGCAAGCCCGGAACUCAACCCCCGUACCCCAUCCAACCGUCGACGGGGACCAAAGGGCUCCCCCGUCAGGGAAUGCAGCCGUAGCAGGAGAAGAUGAGCUGAGCAGCGAGGCAUUCCUCCCUGGGGAGAUGAUGCCGCGAGAGAAGACUCCCAGCGUCGCCGAGUCGGGAAUGUUUAUAACGCAAGACGAGCCUGAGCCGCCAUCUCAACCUUCAAGCGCGCCGCCAUACCCACCAAGACGGGAAGCAAGGGCGCUGACUGAAGAAGUCACCGAGAGCCCAGCAGCAAAGCCAGGAAGCGGACGAAGACGGCCCAUCCCCACCAACACAUCCGACGCCGCCGCUUCGAGAAACCGAUCCAUCCCAAGCUCUGAGCCGCCCUCGUCGCCGACACUGAAUAAAGGUCGUCGCAGCAACGUCUUUGUUCGUCCCGCCCAGCCACCUCUGCCACCUGUGCGAGAAGGUCGCCACGAAAACACACCCCCCGACGCUGACCGAAACCAACCGCGACGGCCAACUGAAAGCGACCGAGAGCCUGAAUAUGAUGAGCCCUCGGACGAAGAAGCAGUAGAUCUUGGCGCCAAAGAUGCCGCCAAGAUCAUUGGCCCAAAACGGCCGAGGCCCAGCCCGACCUCCCCAGAGCUGGGGUCUGAAGACUCGGACAUGACGGAAGAACACACAACCACCACCAUCAUCACCACCACCACCACCACCACAGACUCGGUACCAGAUCGGAAACGAAAAAGCAGCCCCGCCACACAGAGACGGCCGACGAAAAAAGCCAAGACGCACGAGUCCGGCUCCAAGAAGCAGCGCUACAGCUCCAGCAGCGAUCAAAACGACGACGCGGCCGUCGAAAUCACCGUGCAGCGCUUGGUCAAUAACUUUCCCCGAGACCCAAACGACCAAGAUGACCUACAGCCGGAAAUUCCUUUUGCCAACAGGGGAGGGGAAACGGUCGUGGAUGUCUUUGCUCAGGUCUGCGAGGAAGUCAUUUCUUCGACGCUUACGCAGCUGCAGCAGCUCGGGCAGCAAACUACUGACCCGGAGAAGAAGAAGGAGUGUCGAAUCAAGAUGCGCGCAAUCGCGGCGUAUAGGGAGGAGCUGAACUCUCGGCUGCUGCAGCAUGCAAUUCAUUUGAAUCACUGGCAUUCGCUACGACGACGGCUCCGUCAUGUCCAAAAGGAGAAACUCGGAUUGCGGGACGAGAUUAUCCGCUUAAAGGGGGAGCGGGAACAGGUUGCCUUGCGGAUGGAUGCCAUUCGCAUCAAAUACGAGGCGGAUAGCAAGGAAUCCACAGCUCGACUCCAUGCUUCUGCUCUUUUGCACGAUAUUGACUUGGCUGUGGCAAAGGGCCGCGAAGCACCCGAGAUGUCUGAAGCAGAUGAGAAACUAGCUGAACUGCGGAACCUCGACAUCCAACUAGCGCAAAUAUCAGAUCUUGUCAGCUCGUCAAGUUCAACAGGUGGACUGCUCCAACAAGUCCGGGACUUCAACGCGUUUCUGGAACGAGCGGCCAACGCUCUUGAAUCAAGAUGA